UCUCUCCAAAUCCACUAUCCCUCCAUACUACACACCCCGACACAGACCCUAGUUCCACAAUACAAAAGUCACCGCCGCACAUUGAAUUCCCUAUUAUCAUCCUCUACACUAAUUAACUUUAGCUUGACCCAAUAUCCAUUACCAUUAUUCCCCACUUUGGAGACAAAAAUUUGCCACAUCCCGGAUUGUGUACUUCGCGGUUGGGGGAUACAUACAUACUAACCCCUAAGAUAUCGACCUAUUCAGAGACUCCCCGAUCGAGAUAGAAACUGGAGGAGUAUUUCUUUUGUUGUGGCUAGACGGGUGAAAAAAGAGUGGGAGAGGGGGAGC